GGGUGGGGCGUCCAUUUAAGAGCCUCCCUGGCUGCGUGCGCGCGCGUUUCAGCCAGGUGACUAAUUGCGGCCGGCCUCCCCCUUCCUGCCGAGGCUCAGUGGUUCGCUCCAAUCGGCGCUCCGCUGCUGUUCAUCACCGCCCCGCUGGCCGGCGCGCAGUCGGAGCUUCAGUCCGGUUACCGAGCGCACACUGAGCCUCACCUCCGUCAGCCUCUGAGAGCGUUUUUGCCUCCUCUGUUGGCAGGUCCUCAUCUCUCCACAUCUCUCCUUCCCAAUACAUCCAUUUGACGGUCAACUUCCUUCGCCCCUCGCAUCUCCAGCAUGUCGCUGAAGGUCCAGACCAGUAAUGUGACCAACAAGACAGAUCCAAAGUCCAUCAACUCCCGAGUGUUUAUCGGCAACCUGAACACGGCGGUGGUGAAGAAGUCGGACGUGGAGAGCAUCUUCUCAAAGUAUGGCCGAGUGCUGGGCUGCUCCGUGCACAAGGGCUAUGCUUUCGUCCAAUACGCGAGCGAGAGACACGCCAGGGGCGCCGUGAUCGGGGAGAACGGCAGGGUGUUGGCCGGACAGACGCUGGAUAUCAACAUGGCAGGAGAACCGAGACCAAACAGACCCAAAGCCCUGAAGCGAUCAGCAGCUUCUCUCUACAGUGGCUACGAGUUUGACUACGAUUACUACAGAGAAGACUUCUACGACAGGUUGUUUGAGUACCGUGGCCGGGUGUCUCCGGUUCCUCGGGUGGUGCCCGUCAAACGCCCGCGGGUGGCGGUGCCUCUGGUUCGACGGGUCAAGUCUCUGCCGGUCAAACUGCUGACACGUAACGCCUCCGUCCUCCCCACAAGCAACGGCAACAAACAGAGAUCAGUGAAAGGUACAGAGCUUCAGGCGAUCAAGUCAGAGUUGACUCAGAUUAAAGCCAACAUCGAAGCUUUGCUGGGCAGACUGGAGCAGAUCACAGAAGACACACACAUCACCGCCACAGAGCUGAGGAAGGCGGAGGAGUGUAAGAGCGAGGAGGCGUGGCAGGAUGGGGAGCAGUCGAGCUCUGAGCUGGAGGACGAGGAUGACCACAGACAGAACAGCGAAGCAGAAGAGGAGGAGGAGGAGGAUGUGGAGGAAGAGGAGGAGCAGGAAGUAGAGGAGGAGGGAGAGCACAUGCAGGACGGCGCCCACAACCAUAUGCCGGAGAACAGUCGCCUAUCAUCAGAGAUGGACCCCAUCCACCCAUGAGAGGUCUUGUGGGCUCUGGAGAAGAGGAGGAGACAGACAUUCAGAGAGGAAGAGACAGAAAGAGAGAGAGAGCGCAACAACGGACAGACAGAGAAGUGAAUAACAGCACAGGAAGGCCAUCAAACAGCAGGAAGCUGGACACACACACACACACAACAGUAAAAACACACACAGACAAAGUUGACACUUUGUCAGAGCCACAGGAAGGUACUAAAACAGCAGGCAGCUGCCAGAACACAUCAUAAACUGAUGAGUUACGUGCAGUAACACAAACACAGAAGAAAAACACACGGCGAUGGAGACUCGAUGCUGUGUCAAAGCCACAGGGAGAUAGUAAAACAGCAGGCUGCCGUCAAAAUGCAUCUCACACCGACGGAUUUACACACACACACACACACACACACAAGAGAUCUCCAGUUGAGAGCAGCAGUAUUUGGGAAGGCCAGAGCUCAUCAGAUCAUCAUUUGCUGCCUUGUGGGACUUCAAACAACACGACUGAACGGGCAACAUACUGAGGCAGAGCUGGUCGUCGGCUGUUGACCUUGUUCGUGCAAACUUUUAUGUGAAAUGAAAAUUAAAAACAAAAAUCCCAAGAGAAAAGGGACAGUGUUCUGUAGGGAUGGAUUUCCUAAUAUCUGAAGAGCGCAGAUAUACACAGGCUGAGCCACAUAAAAGAGUCCAAUAAAUCUUUAAUUAGAAACAGUUUUUUUUCAUGAUAUAAUUUCAGAAUUGUUUCCUAAUAGUUUUCUGGCAAGAACAAUGUAAUUUGGUAGUAAUUGCAGGGCAACUACAAAUAUUGCUCAACUGACACACUUCCAGUAAAUUACAUAUAAAUUGCACAACAGACCCAGUUAUAUAUUUCAACACACUCAAUUUGGAGAGGAUCCCCAAAAACAUGAAUAUUUACUUGAGCUUAAAUUCAGAAGUUUCAGUGGUAAAAUGUGCUGAAGACAUUGAAAGUACGAUCAAACAGAAAAGACAUAUUUUUGACAUAUUUUUGACAUAUUUCCUCCUCCUGCUUCAGCAGGUUGAGGAUCACCUCUGCGUAACGUCUGCGUAAGCCAUCCAGUCAUCAAGAUGGAAGCUUUGGUUACAGCCCGGCCGUGCACAGGCUCAUCAUGACUUUAGGAAAACCACAAAAGAAAAGGAGAAAUCGACUCCUUGCAGACGAGCCUGAAAGCUCCGGUGCUAACUGGCUGCCACUGGCAGGUGAUUUCAGGCCUCACACAAAGAUCAAUAAUCAGAAUCUGAAGCUUCUGGACUUUAUUCAGAAGUUAAGCACAAGAUAAGCUGUAGCCUUCAGUGCAAGUAACUUCCACCGUGACGGCCUACAUCCUAAAAGUUUCUUCACACGUGUAAAUCUGCGCGAUCACAUUCUGUUAAACCCAUCAAAAAGCAGUUCCAUGCAAAGCCAUUACGUCUCUGAUAGCCUGAAAUUAACGCCCAGGUGUGUGAAACCACAAUAAAACCUGUUUAUCACGUUUUUAGGUGAUGUAAACUAAUGGUAUAACAUCAUCAGGUUCAUUAAGUAAUAAUCAACGUGACGUUAUCAGUAUAAUAUAAAUGAUCGGUUCUCAGCGCUGGAGUUGGCGCUCCACAGGGCCCAAGGGUCUUUUUAUUAUUAAAGAAGGAGUCACGUUAGAUUUUAGUUUGUUGUUUUCAUGUUAGGGAAUUCGACAUGAAGCCAGCGGUUAGAACAGGCUGAGACAAAAAUGUGGUAAUAUAAACAGGUUUUAUUAUUAAUUAGCGGCGCACCUUCACAUGUUUCUUAUCUUAAAGUUAUAUUAUCAGUUGUUACAAGGUUGGUUUGUGUUUCAAAUGAUUACUUAUGUGUUUGCCUUUAUGGUGAGUUACGACCACAUAACACAUGGAGUUUUAUUAAGCGUGAAUCUACAUAACCCUUUAAAGGGUUCAAGUCAACAAUAAAAAAAAGCUAAAAAGGUUUUAUUUACGUAUCCCAAAAGCCCCAAUACUUUACAUGAUGACUUCACUUUGCUGAAACUGUCUGAAAAAUCACACAAACAUGUCUGAGGUUUACAAGACUAAAGCUGCCAAAACAACCUCAUGAAAAGCUGUUAUUUUCUUCAGUAAUUAUUAUUUUAAUUGUUACUAUUAGUAUCACUCUUGACCAUAAAGUUUGUGAAAUUUGUUCCCCGCCAGAUACAUUUACCCCAUGUUGGCAGGACUCGUAUGCACAGUGAAGAUCUUAUGCGGUGCUCAUGUCUCCGACGUUCCAGACAGCCUCUGGUUUUUACCAGUGGCUUUGCCUGAUCCUGAUUUAAAGUCCACUUUCUGGCCUUUUCCAGAGCAAGACGGAGAUUGUGGUUGUGAUUAUCAGAACUCUCCUCUGCAGGCCAAUUCUGGGACCCAACAUGGGCAUACGAUUUUUUGUGAAGAGACCUAACAGUUUAGAACAGCUCUGAAGAAGUUGAGUUGAUUGUUGAGUUUCGCUUCCAGGUGCUUUGACGACCUGGGAAUAAGACUUAACAAUCUCAAACUGUCUCAGUCCAGAAUCGCUUAUGUUUACAAACAGAAACUGGGAAUUGCUGUGGAUUGCGCCUUUAAGUUAAAAAAAAACAAUCAAG